CAAUUGCUGACGCGAAGAGUCUGGCAACAGUUGCCGUAGGAAUAAACGCCAUAGACACCGUAGCUGUGACGACUGUUACCCGCCAACAACCUAAGUCCUGGGGCAGCUGAACAAUGGCAACCCAGACUUAUGUUACUGACCUUCAGGCAAUGAAUCCAACUACACUGCUAAAUGUCCAACAGAAGACCCAACCUGGUGGCCAGACUAUACAUUCUCAAGGCCAGAAGUCUCAAACUACGACGAUAAUUCAACCAUCCCAGGCACACACUACUCAGCAGUUUAUUGUUACCAAUCAACAGCUAAAUGAACAAAACCAUGGACAGGACACGGUGACCCUUCAGCAAGGAGGACAGACAGUUUAUCCAACGCAUGUUCAGUACGUAGACAGCAAUGACCCUGCUCUCUACGCAUCUACGAAUGGGCAAAUAGUACAAAUGGUGAACAGGCCAUGGCAAACGACAUACCAAACAGACUACGGCCAGACUAUGUAUACGCCUGUUUCUGGUACAUACUACCAGACAUCCGGAGGGGCACAGGUGGCUGCGACAGGACUAGCCCAGGUUGGUACUGUACAAACUGUUCAGGGCCAGAUACUGCAGCAUCAGAGUGGCACCUACCUCAUACAAGGGGGAACCAUGGAUGGAGAGGGCACGCCCUUGACUCACACAACCCGGGCCUCACCUGCUACUGUAAGUGCUGUUCAGUGGCUGAUCGACAAUUACGAGACAGCAGAAGGUGUGAGUCUACCGAGAAGCACACUGUACAACCAUUAUUUACGGCACUGCCAGGAGCAAAAUCUAGACCCAAUGAACCCCGCUUCAUUUGGAAAGCUCAUCCGAUCAGUGUUUUUAGGUCUACGAACAAGAAGAUUAGGGACUCGGGGUAAUUCAAAGUACCAUUACUAUGGUAUCCGUAUCAAAGCUAACUCUCCACUGAACCAGUUUACAGACGACCAAACGAUGGCAAUGAGGCAACAACCAAUGUAUCAGGGCAAAAAGUUUAAGAUGGAGGAUGGUGUGGAGGGAGGUCACCAUGCUCCCCCUGAUGCAGCCACUGCCCAGCAGCAGCAACACCAACAGUUCCUCGGGGAUGCCUCGGGAGCCCUCCCAAACUUUGGGGACAUUGACACCUCAUUGCCUUUACCUGAGGGGGUUACAGUCGACCAUGUGCAUGCUUUUGACAAGAUGUAUACAGAACAUGCAGAGGCUAUAGUUGAUGUAGUAGUAAACUUACAGUUUUCCCUGAUAGAAGCUUUAUGGCAAGGUUUCUGGCGGAAUCAACCAGCAGACCAAUUAACAGCUGACAAUGAUUACGAAAAGCGUCUGCCAAAAGAAAAAUUAUAUGCAGUUAGUAAAUAUGGCCCUGUACAGGAGUAUGUGCGGAAGGCUGACUACGCAUUCUACCAAGCUUUAGUUGAAGUGCUGAUUCCAGAUGUGCUUAGACCUAUCCCAAGUUCCCUUACACAGGCUAUUAGAAAUUUUGCGAAGAGUUUAGAAAAUUGGCUCAAAGGAGCUAUGGUGGGAGUUCCAGAAGACAUGCUCAAGUGCAAGGUUGGUGCUGUGAGUGCUUUUGCUCAGACCUUACGGAGAUAUACGUCUCUAAACCAUCUCGCCCAGGCAGCGCGUGCAGUGCUUCAGAACACCUCACAAAUAAACCAGAUGCUCACAGAUCUCAACAGGGUAGACUUCGCUAAUGUGCAGGAGCAGGCUUCCUGGGUUUGUCAGUGUGACGACAGUGUGGUACAGCAGCUCCAGGAGGAUUUCAAGAAGACUCUCGAGUGUCAGAAUUCUCUGGAAGAUUGGGCCCAGUGGCUGGAGGAGGUUGUCAACCAAGUGUUAAAACCACAUGAAGGCAGCGACAAUUUUCCAAAGGCUGCCCGGCAAUUUUUAUUGAAAUGGUCUUUCUAUAGCUCAAUGGUGAUAAGAGAUUUGACUCUACGAAGUGCUGCAAGUUUUGGUUCUUUCCAUUUGAUUCGACUUCUAUAUGACGAGUACAUGUUUUACCUGGUGGAACACAAAGUGGCUGCAGCAACAGGAGAGACUCCAAUAGCUGUUAUGGGCGAAGUAAGACAGUUUAUAGACCUGAGUAGUGCUGUAAUGCUGAGUUCCCUUGAAGCUGAAAAGCCACUGCCUGUGAUCAAAACACCAGCAAGUAAUAUGGGUGUUGCAAAUACAGCCACAGCCAUUAUGAACAAAUCCACGCUCGAAACCUCCUCAAGUGCCAACACAACUACACUCAUGGUUCUCAAUUCAGGGAACACGCCUGGUCAAGGUGUCAAUGGAAACAUUAUAGUGACAGCAGCCCCAGGAACAAACCCCUCUACUGUCACAGUGCGAACGGCAGCGGGAACUCCCAUACAGGGUGCUAAGACAAUUGUAGUCAUGCCAGUCUCUAACUCGUUAGGUUCUGGUGAUUCACAUUCACAGAGUGUGAAACGGUUAAAAGUGGAAUAGUCUUUUAACGUGUGUGAUAUUUUAUUUUAGGAUGUUAUUAAUAUCAAAGGAUCCUAGAGUGUUCAAAGGAAACUUUUUUUUGACGAGAAAAGGCAAGCAAUGCUGUGUCAACAGAAUUGAUGACAUUUUCCAGUCACAGAUUACCACUAGAAUGUUGCUGGACGUGUUUCAAACAGUUACAUCUUUCUCCACUUAAAAAUCUUUGAUCAAUUAAUAUUCAUGUAAAUAUUUGCAAUUGUCUAUUCCCUCCUAAAUUAAUCUGUAUAAAUGGCUUGAAAUUAUGUACAUAGUGUAAAAAUGAUGUUUAAUUUAAAAGUUUUUAAAUGACUUUUAUAAUUUGUACAUGAUUUCCUUGCUUGUGUUUGUUUCCCUGUAAUUUUUUGCUUCCUAGUUUCGUCUAGGUCUUUGUUCCCGUGAUAUAUCAUUUUGUCUCCUCACUCACCUGUUAGGGCCUGUGUGUAUUUUAUUAUUUGUUAUAUUUCCAAAAUAAUAGGAUUUUAUCUUGGGUUUUUACUUGUUAUUCAGGUCAACAAAUAUCGUGUACUCUUUUCUUUUCAUUUUUUUUUUGUUUUGUUCGAUGUCCAUGGUAGAAUCCUUAAUUUGCUUGCCAUUCAUUUGCUUAUUGUCGCUAUCAAUAGAAUCAACAGCAUAUGAUUUCUUGUUAGAACGUAAUUUGACAGAUUAGUUUUGAUGAAGAACACCUGUUGGUUAAACAUUUUCCUUGUUACACUAAUAGUGAAUCACACCAAUAAUAGAGUUUCACACUGUUUCUAUGCAUCAAAGCUGUUUAGGAUAGGUUUUUUUAUAACUACAGACGAGUGCACUAACGUAAUCUUCUUUUUUACUAUUAUACUAAAACAGUUUGUUGAAACUAAUUGCAUGUAUAGAUUGUUAAAAGCGUAUUAACUUUGGAUGAUAUGUCGUAAAUCAUCAACCUUUAGUGAAUAGAUAUUUUUGCAAUUGUUAUUCUAAAGACACUCACUAAAAUGACUAAAGAUUAUUGAAAUUUCUAAAAGGAAAAGCAACAUAUGUUCAUCGAGUCUGAACAAAUAUUCGUGGUAGACUGAACUCGCGAGUUAGUGUGAAGCUUUAUAGUACGUGUAACAGUUUCACAUUUGUUUCAUAUUCAUCGACACUAAAAGUAUUUUAUCUAUGACAAGUUAAACCUGUUCAUGCAGUUUUAGUGAUGCCAGUAUAUCAGAAACGGACUUUUUUAUUUUUAAUACCAGAAAUAAGUUCAAAUUGAUGAUCUUAUGCAUGAUUCUAUAAUGAAUUUGUUUCUUCCUGAUUUACAUGAACAGCUACAUACCUCAUAAGGUCAUUGAUUUUUGAUGAAAUACAUUUGUCAUAUUUUUUUUUUUACGAAAACAGUAGUUUAAUGAUAAUUUUCCUGUACAUAGUCUCCUUUUGGAGUAAACCUGAAAUUUUAUUGAACUGGUAAACUUUACAAUACCUACGACUUGGGGUGAUCGGCAGUGCCAUACAGAUACAGGUCAGACGUGACACAAACAUGACAAUAUUCAGAAACCACUGUUAAGAUUUCUGUUCGUUUAUUGUAGUUUUUGUAUAAUGCUAUUAAAUAUGAUAGUCAA